AUGCCAAUUACUGAACCCAUAGACCAACUGUAUGAAAGACUGAAGGCUGCUGGUUAUGUCACUCCCAUUCCCGCCGUUGCUAUGGAAAACUAUUCUCAAUGGAUUAACCCAAACAAGACAUGUUCCUAUCACUCAGGCAUGAAGCGCCAUACCAUUGAUGAGUGCCGCACGCUGAAGAACAAGAUUCAGACAUUUAUCGACACUAAAGUCAUACAGGCAAAGAAAGCUACACCAAAUGUUCGUAACAAUCCUCUCCUGGAUCACAGAGGUGAGGGAGUAAAUGUGAUAGAGGCUGACGAGGAAUGGGACCCGAAGGGGUCAAUUGGACUCAUUCGGGAGGGGGAUAAUCCUAGAACAUCUCUAGUCACCCUCACACUCGUUAUGGUACAAAUCCAAGCACCGCUUGAAGUUGAGGUAACCGCACCAGCACCGUUUGAAGUGAAGGUAGCCACACCCUUCACUGUAAUGGUAGCUCUCACGCCAUCUUACAAGUCUGAUGCUAUACCAUGGGAUUAUGUUGCGAAAGCAAGGAGCAAAGGAAAAGCAAAAAUGGAGGAAACAGAUGUGACACAAGGCAUGACUAGAACUAGAAGAAUUUAUACACCUGAGCAUUUGGGAGGAACAAGCAAGGAAGCUGCAUCUAAUCUGCCUGUUGUUGAGACAGGCCCUGAUGACCUUUGGAGAAAAGUACAAGCGAGAGAAUACUCUGUGGCUGACCAUUUGAACAAAACUCCCGCUCAGAUAUCUAUCUUUGGGGAGAUGGCCAACAUGGUCGGACAUGUACUGGAAAGUCACAAAAUUACCUUUCAUGAAGACGAGUUGCCACCAGAGGGACUAAGUCACAACAGGGCACUACACAUCACAGUGCAAUUUGAGGACAAGUUCAUAGCCAGGGUCCUGAUACAUGGGUUCAAGUCUCAUAUGUGCCCAUUAACUACUCUGAAGAGACUAGGUAAAGGCAUGUACAAGAUACGAGCGAGAAGCAUGAAUGUGAAGAAGUUUGAUGGAUCUCAAAGAGCCAUCAACAGAGAAAUCAACCUCAGCCUACAGAUGGGUCCUACCUGGUUUGAUGUUGAGUUCCAAGUGCUGGAUAUAUAUGCUACCUAUAACUUAUUGUUGGGGCAGCCCUGGAUACAUGCCGCUGGGGUAGUGGCUUCGCUUCUACUCUGCAUCAAGCUGUGA